ACGAAAACGAGCCAUUGCGAAACAGAUAGCAGGAAGAAAAAAAAAUGAAAGUGAUAAUUGGCGUUGUUUUGCUGUUUGUAGUGACACAUGGUUUAGAUAAGCUGAUAGGUCCUGACGAAAAAAAGUUAAAAAAAGAGGGGUUACUAGCUGCAUUUCCUGUAUUGGCUAAGUCAUACAAAAUUUCGUUUGAUUUAAAACCGAAUUCAUACUCAUAUGGUUUUCAUAAUGUUAUUCAUUUCGUUGUUGGUAAUGAUUUCAGUAGAUAUAGAAAUAGUACUCCAGCACUUUCGUUUUACGAGGAUAAAUAUAAUUCUGAAGGCUUUUACAUUGCUACACCUAUAAAUGGAAAUCCUAACAGAGGAAUAUAUACCGAUGCACUUCCACUCAAUGAGUGGACAAACGUUGUUAUUAGUCAACAACGUAAUAACAGCAAAUAUAUUUUCACAAUCGAUCUAAAUGGAACAAAUGUGUUUACUGAAAGGAACAACAAACCCCAAAAGUUUAACAAUGUCAAAGUUUUUGCUUCAGAUCCUUGGUAUCCAUCUCAUGAUGGAUCAAUAAAAAAUCUAAUUAUUGAAAAUGGGGAGCUAGGUAUUACUUUUUUUAUAUCUUAGAUUUUACGGUUUGUA